UGCCCCCAUUAACUUCCAGUGCCCCUAAUUAGAGAGUUGAAGUGGGAAGGGCCAGCAGGCCAACAGGCAAGCCAGGAGCAGGCAGACUUCCCAAGAUAGUUGCAAAGGUGGCAACCUCCAGGUUGGCCCCAUGGAAGAUCUCAAGGGCUUUGCCAUGGAGACUCUGGAUGAUUUUGCCCAGUAUAUGCCCGGGACUCACCACCAGCCCAGCUUGGGAGCCUCCAGAUUCUCCAUCGCUCACUGCCUCUCUCAGAAUCCCAUGCUGGGCUGCUAUGCGGGAACCUACCCGGGUCCGGCGGAACUGCCCGCUUACCCGCAGGAGAACUUCAGGAACGGGAUGGCCCCUGGGGAGUGGUAUGCUUCCGGCGCCCCGGAGGGGGCCUACUCUUCCAUCUCCAGGUACGUGGGAACUUCAGGAUACAGUGUGCCCGGAACCCCGGACUGCCUGGGCUACCUCGGCGAGAUGAUCCGAUCGCCCCCUUUCUUCCCAGGGAAUGCGUCCAAACGCAAGAGGCGCGUCCUGUUCUCCCGGGCCCAGGUCCACGAACUGGAGAAGAGGUUUGAGCUGCAGAAAUACCUGACCGCUCCAGAGCGGGAGCACCUGGCCGCCAUCACCCGCCUCACUCCGAACCAGGUGAAGAUCUGGUUCCAGAACCAUCGCUACAAGAUAAAGAAGCAAGCCAGGCAGCAGGAGGGGAAAGCCGGACAGCACCUCCGGCCGGGAGCUCCCCAGGCGUGCGACAGCAGCCUCGGGUCUUCCCAAGUGAGCAGCAGUUACGGCUUGGCCAGAGCGCCGAUGGAGGAGAAGUUGACUCCUCAGAGCUUAGCUGCCAGUCCUUCUCCAAGGACCGAACCUCAGCCCCUCCUAAGGACUGCCGACAGCCACCUCCCGUCAUGGUAGACCCAAUCGGGUCUCCCCAAAGGAACAAAAUCAGGUCCUUCGUUGCAAUCAGCAGCCAAGCAAGAUGGACACCCUCUGAUGCAGGGGUGGCCCCCCAGGGUGGAUUUCAUUUCCCCGGCGCCUGACCUUCUUCCCCAAUUAGCUUCCAAAAGAAGAAAUCUUGUGCUUAUGGCAUCUGGUGGAAAAACGGCUUCAACCACCACCCCUAGACAUCAAAAACAUUGUCAA